ACUCGCUACCUUGGCUGGCCACCUCCUUUCUCAGGAAGAGGCACCAGCAGGAGCGGACGCACAGCCCCGUCAUCUUGUCCCACUUUUGGGGCUCACUGGUGUCGAAUCGGCUCGUGAGUGUGUUUAGGCUGGGCGGGCGCUGGGCCUACUGAAGCUAUGGGUUUGGCUGAAGCUUGGCUGACCAACGCUGGAGUGAAGAGGGGUUCCCUCAGCAUGGCACCUUCUGCGACUCCCUUCUGGAAUGGAUUACAAACAUUGAUCUAAGCCGUUGGACUAAACAAGUUUGCUGAAGGUCACUCGGGUUUGUCGUUCUCUUCAACUGCUACUGAACUUACCAAAAAUUACCGGCUGAGCAAAGAAAAAAAACUGGUGCUUUUAUUCUUUUAUUCUUUGAGUCUUUGAGUUUUCUUUUCCAUUGUGUGGAUAAAGUGCUGUGAGAGGGAGGAGAAAUGGCGCUGAUGCCGGUGAAGUUCGACCUGGCCAAGCGGGUGAAGCUGGCCCAGGGGCUCUGGCUGCUCUACUGGCUGUCAGUGAUGGCGGGGAUUCUCGUCUUCAGCAUGGGCCUCUUCUUCAAGAUCGAGCUCCGCAAGCGGAGUGAAAUGAUGGACAACAACGAGAGCCAUUUUGUGCCCAACCUGUUGAUCCUGGUGGGCCUGAUAGCCUGCGGUAUCAACGCGUUCGGGGGCAAAGUGUGCCACGACUCGCUGGAUCCCACCAAGUUUGCCAAGUGGAAGCCCAUGCUGAAGAACUACCUGACGGGCUGCUUCGUCUUCAACAUCUUCCUCUUCCUGGUGGCGCUGCUGUGCUUCACCAUGCAGUUCCAGCUGUACUUCGCGCUGUCCGAGGGGCUCCGGUACAGCAUCAAGUUCUACAAGGACACGGACACCCCCGGACGCUGCUUCAUGAAGAGGACCCUGGACAUGACCCAGAUCGAGUUCCGCUGCUGCGGCAAUAACAACUACAGGGACUGGUUCGAGGUCCAGUGGAUCAGUAACCGGUACCUGGACUUCAGCAAUGAUGAGGUUAAAGACCGUGUCCUGAGCAACGUGGAGGGGAAGUACUUGAUGGACAGCGUCCCCUUCAGCUGCUGCAACCCAGGCUCCCCCCGCCCCUGCAUCCAGCACCACCUGAACAACAACACGGCCCACUACGACUACGACCACCACACAGAGGAGCUGAACAUCUGGACCCGCGGGUGUCGCGAGGCACUGGUCUCCUACUACGGCGGCAUGAUGAACAGCAUCGGAGCCUUUCUGUUCCUGGUCAUCUGUCUGGAGGCGGCUGUGAUGGUCGGCCUGCAGUACCUGAGCACCUCUCUGGAGAGCCUGGCCAACCCAGAGGACCCGGAGAGUGAGAGCGAGGGCUGGCUUCUGGAGAAGAGCGUCAAAGAGACCGUCGCAGAGUUCACGUCCAAGGUCAAAGCUCUGUGCCAGCGGAACCAGGUAGAGGGGGAGGAGCAGGGUGUUGCCACUGUGAGCUGAGUGGUCCUUGCCCCGCCCCUACUGGGACUAAGGCCCCUCCCAUCUCCAGGACAGGAGGAGUUAAGGAAGAGGAACAUGUCCUCUCUGUAACAGACACACACACACACACACACACAGACACACACACACACACACACACACACGCACACCCACACACACAUCAACACAACAUUCUCCUGUCAAAAGUGAACAAAUUAUUUGUGAUUCUCACAAGAGGUGAUAACCUACCUAUGAAAAUGUAAAAACGAAUGUCAAUAUUAUCUGUCCAUUAUGUGUAUAUUACCUGUGAAACAAAUCUAUUUUUCAAAGUAUAUGAGGAAGAUUAUUUUAUUGCAAAGUUGUUAAAAUUUGAAUGAUACAAAAAAAUCCCUUCUCCUUCCCUAUGAGCAUCCCCUUGCUGUAAGCCAAGUGAAAACAGCUCCCAGAAACCCUCCGAACAGGAGGCUUAACCCAAAGAGUCUUUAAAUGGUCGAGUGGAUAUUUAACCCGACAGCACAACACACACGCUCACCCACAUACAGCACACACACACACACACUUUUAAAACCAUUCCAAGCCACUGUGUGUCCGCGACAUACCACUGCAAAGACACAGCUAAUAAUUGCUUUGAGUGUUGUAUUGUCUGUAAAUAAUUAUAGCAGUGAUGAUGCUGAUGAUCAACACCGUCCUCAGACCGCACGGUUCUACAGUUUGUGGAGGGGCGGGGGGGAGACGUGGCUUUGGUCUCCAAUGGCAGCUCAAUCCAGGCAGCUGAGGAGAAGGGGUCCCGGGUGGCCCUCCAGUCCCUCUCUGGGGUUCUCAGUACUGGGAUAACCUUCUACCAGAGCCCCUGGUCUGUACACAGGCCCAAGGAAGUCUGUAGGUCCAACUAGUGCACCAUCCGUACAGGAUAACAUCACAGGGUUGAGGCCUACUUUGAAGAGCAGAUAUCCAGAGCAGAGCAGAGCAGAGCAGUAAACAGGACGCACACAGACACACACAAACACACCAUCGCAAUGAGGAGUGAUACACAGGAGUGCGUGACGGUGUAAGUGUGUGGGUUGUGUUCUCGGGUUAAAUAUGGGACUCACCUGUGAGGUCUUCAGAUGUUAUCUAGCCAUUUGGUAUUGGGUAUGUGCUGAGGGUUGAUUUUCUUUUGUACAAAAUGUUUUUUUUUCUCUCCUUGUUGUCUGCAGGCAGUUUGGCAGUCAUAUCAGUUUAAAGCAGUGAAAACCAUCAGUAAGAGAGCGUAGUGUAAAGGUGACAGCAUGUUUUUAUGUUGAUAAACUCAAGAUUUUCAGUGGUGUAAUUUUUUCUUCUUUUGUGUGACAUUUUGGUUUUUGCGUCUCUGUAAUUUUGAGGGGUAAAUCUUAAUGUAAAUUAUGAUGUGGGUAUCAACAAUACUGCCAGUGUUUUGGGUUGGGACAACCAUGUAGCUGCUCCAGUGUGUAAGAUAAAAAAAAAACAAGAUGAAAAGCGA